CCCUAACCAUGGAAAUUGAUAAAAGUCUGCUGUAUAAGCCUCGGCAUUACAACAUCUCAAUUAUCAAGCUGCCCCACCCCACAAAUAUCCCUGUAUAAGGAAAGUUCAGCAGUUCCUUGUAUCCCUCAUCUGUAUAUAAGGCAACAGAGAUCCAUGCUGUAGAUGUAGAAGAAAGGAGACCAUUGUUCACCCAAGGUAAGUGGUUUGGUUUUGCCCUGGGCUUUGUUGAGCAAUUGCAAAGCUGCAGAUUGUAUGUAGUGAGUGACUACAGGAGAGACGUUGGAAGAGAGAAGUUCUGUUGAUGUGCUACAGCAGAAGUUGACUGGUUUCUUCAGUUCAAACCUUUUGAGGGGUCCAACCAUUGGUCCAGACCCACUUUAGCUCAUUAAAAUGUUAUAUGGGCUAUAGGAAAAUUGGUCUAACUGACAUUCAACCAUAGCUUUAUGGUGGCAACCAUAGAUCUCACCCUUGUUGAUCCUCAAACGGGACUUUUGGGUGUUAUUUAGUAGAGCAGUUGGGUUUUCUCUCGAAACCUUACCCAAACUGGACAUGAGUGAGCCCCAGCCUUAACAUUGCUCCAGGCCCUUGGUGGGGGGGGGGAGCAUUGCAUUGCAAGGUGCUGCUGCUGAAGAAUAGCUCUACUCAUCCAUUAUGGGCUCUUAUGGAGGUGAGAAUGACCCUGUACAAGUGUUUGAUGGACAAAGAAGCUGUGUUGGGCAGUUACAGGUGCCGCCGGGGUAGAAAAGUGAAGUUAAUUCUUUACACCUGUUCUCAAACUUUGGGGCAGACUUCAUUUAUGGGUCCAAAAGAAUUGGAAUAGGUGGACAACCUGAAGGCCAUGUAGAGUGAGAAUUGGGGGGGGGGGUUAUUUUCUAUUUUGGAUAUCUUCAGCACUAUAGGCACUACAUAAAAGUGAGUGGUAGGACAAUGUUCCAUCUAUCAGCGUCUUUGUUGGGAGGUAAGUGGACCAUUGUUGGCGGUUUGGCUCAACCUAAAACGUGUGAAGGCCUCCGCUUUACAGUGUGUUGCUGGAGGAGAGAAGCAUUACUGGUCAUUCCUUAUGGGAUUCUCUUUAGCCACAGUUUGGUAAGUGUUUGUUACAGAGGCAGCUGAGGGCCACACGCUCUACUUAUCCAUUACUGGAGGCUGCUUGUCCAGUCAUUGCUGGUUAUACAGAUGGACAGUCCAGUCAUUGCUGGUUAUACAGAUGGACAAUCCAGUCCUGUCAUUGCUGGUUAUAAAGCCAAGAAUCCCUCUUGCUCCUCAUACUGGAUAAAUGCAUUAUACAAAUAGUAAUAUAUGGAGAGUGUUUUCUGUGAAUUACAUGAAAUAAUUUUGUUUUGAAGGUUUUAUUUCUCCUUUAAGGCACUUUUAUCUGCAUGUUCCCUUUCUUUGGUGUGAUCCCUUUGUUAGGGCAGACGUUAUGUCAAACAGUGGGCAAGGAAUCCCCUAAAAUCCUGCGUUUCGUCCGGCUUGUAGAUGAGUAAGAGUUACAUCAAGUUCUGACUCACUGACUCUUGUUCUCAGUAAAACUGCAAAAUCUGCAGAGCGUUUCCUUUAGUAAUUCUCACCCACGGCUCUGCUCCUCCAGCCUCCUCUAUCCUCCCUGGGACCUUUCUGUACAGAACGAGCCUGAGAGGAGCCCUCCAGCCCUGCUGUCUCUGCACCACUGUCUGUAUGAGGAUUUGCCAGAACCUUGGAAGGAAACUCAGGGAAGGAUCUGAUUUAACUGCCGCACCACCUUGAAUCCAGAACAUUCCACCAAACAGAGGCUACUGAGGUCAGUGAGCUCCGGUAUAGCACAGAGUGAACGUCAGCUCUUCAGCCAAGCACAGACAUGGAGCCUGUAGUGGCGGCACAACGCAGCUCCCUCCUGAUCCUCCUGCUCUUCACCCUCCAAGCCCUGGCACAGGGGGACCCUUCCAGGAGUCUGACGCCGGCCCAGCCUGGAAAGAGAACAAGGAACCCCUGGCCGGCACCGCGCAAUAGAAGGAAAAGUAUUUGGUCCUAUAAUCCAGGUCAUCGCUCCUUGGCUUUCCUGGUUGCGGGGGAGGUGGAGACGAUUACGCCAAACCCAGAUGAAAUUGAAGCUACAGAAGAAUUUCGUUGCCUUGACUGCUGUGGUGCAGUGGAAAUGCCAGUGGGAGGAAGGAUCACUGGCGAGAGACCGGGGGAGAGAAGGGGCCAAUCACAGCUCAGCAUUGAGGAAGUGGAAAGGAUAGAGAUUGAAUCCAACGUCAUUUCAGACCGGUGCCUGGGCUGCUGUGAUGGAUAUGGGACCCCCCUGCCGGCACAUAUUGGAAGCACCGGGGUAACGAACCCUCAGGGUGGCAGCACUGCAGGGGUAGCUAAAGGAGGAGGAGUAAAGGUAACCCCUAGCAACCAACCUUCCCACCCAAUCCAGACACAGAGAAAUUACCCCAAUCCUUGUGUCCGUCCCCCCUGCCGUCCAGACCUGAGCUCCGAGUCUGAUAGUUCUAGUGAGGAGUCCCCGGGGGGCCGGAGAUCCAGGGCAAUGCGGCAUCACAGGACAGGGAGUCGCUCCCAAAGCCUCCAGCAGAGCCGGACCCAGAAUCUCUGCCGCUACCUGGGCUGCAGGUCUCCCCUGGGCAACUAUGGGAGCAGCUCUAGUGAGGAAGACUGAGCAGCAGGGCCAAUCGGUGUGGACGAGGGGCGGAGCUGGGACCAGUGUAAUGAUGAUGGGGAGACGCUGUACUUGGUGCUGCGCAGUUUAAGCUUUUGGCUCAUAUAAUGGGGGGUCCAGGGGGAACUAACUGUGUUACUGACUCACUACUGCCCCCUGUACUCUCUCUCUCUCUCUCUCUCUCUCUUAUACACAUGACUGCCUUUAGGGCAAGACUAUAAAAAUAACACAAUUUCUGGUGACAUUUUUCCUUUACGCAGUACAGGUAUGGGAUCCCUUAUCCAGAAAGCUCCAAAUUAAGGAAAGGCCAUCUCCCAUAGACUCCCUUUUAUACAAAUAAUCCAAAUUUUUAUA